GUCCCGUAGCAUAGCGCGUUGUUAGCGCGUUGUUAGCCCGUCGACGUUAGCCUGCUACCCGAUCCAGCUAACUGUGGUACCCGGUGAGCAUGAGGGAUAAUCUGCGGUUCUGCUGCCGCCACGUACAGUUUACUAGCACCAGGUGAACCCCUCGACGUGGUCACCAUCUAUUAACCAUUGCCCGCCACUACUUUCCUCCGGUAGGUUGCCAUGGUAACGCAAGUAAAACCUCAACCUUAAAAAAAAAAUAGCUUCCACGAAUCUCAUUCAAGGAUCCCCACACGGUCUUUGUGUCUCACCUUUCCCCUACCAUUGAAAUGUCUAAUUGAUUUUAACUUUUUUGUUUUUUGUAUUUAUUGGUAUUUUACAUGUAAUGUCAAGCAGAUGUAAUUUCACGUCACUUUCCUUAUACACCUUAUUCCUCAUUUCUGUAUGAAAGAUUGUGGAUGACCCCCCCCCAAACCAGUAAACCUAGUGGACACAUUGUGUAUGUAUAUAUAACUUUAUUUAACGGAAAUGAAGAAAUAAAUCUUCACCUAGGACACAGGGGUUACAAAAUAUAAGAAUGAAAUAUAAACAUAGACAUAAAACCUACUAUCUCUUUUUUUAUGCUGCCAUCUAAAGAAAAUAGUUUGGGAAAUAUGCCCCACUUCAGUUAGUGUCCUCGUCAUAUUGGAUCAGUGCCAUUUAGUUUGUUUUUCUUCUCUCUUUUGAGGGUUAGUGCACGUGUGUAAUACCACGGCUUCGCCUCCCCAUGCCAUCCCUGACACCGAGGUGUCAUCUGAGGUGAACAUAACAACCAACGUACAGCAGUGCACUCCCGCACCGAUUUUAUUCGGUGGGCACACAUCGUGUGAUAAGAAGCCCUCUGUCUGUCAAAUGAGCCAGGGCAUCCAGUAACCUCUCCUCUACUUUUGAAACUCGCUUGAAGUCUCGAAGAAUCAAAUGUUGGUCUUGUUCCAGUCCAGUGGGGGUGGGCCUGUGGAUCGGCACGGUCUUUCCUCCUAGUGCAAACGUCACAGCCGAUGGAGAGACGUCCCCCUCACCCCACCAGACCCUCGGCCGGCCAACUAUAGUGCUAUUAUAGUUCAAGCAAAGGGUUUUUGUUGGUCUCUUACAAAGGAUUGCACAGUCCCAAGUCUUUGCGGGGUAAUGCUGUGUCUUUCUACUAGGCGAAGAUGGCACUGCUUGUGGUGUGGUCACUCCUCUGCCUGUCCUGCUGGGUCUCUUUCUACUUCAUCUUGUGUAAUGUUUACGGGUCCCGGAGCUGUGAGUGGAACUGCCGCCUUGUCACACUGGUACACGGCAUCCUGGCAGUCUGCAUCACAGGCUACAUAGGCUACGUGGACGGACCCUGGCCUUUCACUUAUCCAGGUACUAAGAACACCCCUCUGCAGAUAAGUGCCAUGGUGGUGAGCCUGGGCUACUUUAUUUUUGACAUGGCCUGGUGUGUGUACUUCCGCACAGAGGGACCCGUUAUGCUGGCCCACCACACCAUGAGCAUCCUUGGAAUCCUGCUGACCCUGUGGUUGGGGGAGUCUGGCAUCGAGGGUUGCGCGGUUCUCUUUGGCAGUGAGAUUACCAACCCACUUCUGCAGGCGCGCUGGUUCCUCAAACAGACGGGACAUUACAGGUCGCUGCUCGGGGACGUCGUGGACGUCCUGUUUGUGCUGCUGUUUGUGGCGAUGCGCAUCUUCGUGGGUGGCGCAAUGCUGUACUGUGAGCUGAUCUCCCCAAGACCCCGAUUCUUCAUCAAGUGUGGGGGAGUGGCCAUGUACGCACUAUCCUGGGUGUUCAUGGUGGACAUUGUUCGAUUCGCCAAACGAAAAAGCAAGAGCUGGCACCAGCAGCAGAGAAACCAGCAAGAGACACUGGCAGCCAAUGGUCAUGAAGGAAAGAUGGACUGAUUGGCUUGUUUUCUUUAGAGGAAAUCAAUUUACAGUUUGUCUUUGGACAUGCAAGGGAAAGGACACAGAAAAUCAACAGAUCGAUAAAGGGAUAUUUCAAAGUCACAAGUUUCUUGUCAAGAAAUAUUCUGUAUUCUGUCUGUAAAGUCCAACAUUUUGGAAAAAAAACUUGAGCACAUGUUAGAUUAUUAUGUAAAAGGUACCGGUGCAGAAACAACACAGAUGUAGUUCAUGUUAUUGAAAACCAAAGCACUUUUAUAUAAACACUUGAGCAGAUGUUGCUUUCAGUCGUCGUGAACUGUUUGCUGCCUUGUCACAUCUGCGAUCGUGGGAUGUUCACUUAUGGGAAAGAAAUAGUUUACAUGUAAUAUUCAUGAUCCUUGUGAAACAUUCUUAGUCACAUCAAAUGGAAUUUUGGCAUUCACAAUGAGCAGAUGUGAAAAGGUGUGCUCAGGGAGAUGAAGACACACUGGAAAGUUGGGGUGAAUUCCAACUAAUUUUGUUCAAUAUAGUUUAUAGUCAUAUCUGUAAGCUUUUAGCUGCUGUCUGGAUUCCUAUUCCAGAGCCUGCUCAAAAUAUUUUUCAUUUAUUUUACCUCUCUCGUGUCAUGUACAGGCAUACACUCAACUACAUAUUUCUGCACUGGUAAUGCUAUUUCAUUUAUAGUCCAUUUGGAUAUAUAUGUAAACUAUUAAUAUCUUCAGAUGUUUGUCGGAAUUUUAUCAUAGUUUUCAGUUGGCACAGUUGAAGUGUGAUUUAAAUCAUCCAUCUGUGUGAACAUGCGUCACUUGGAUCUCUCAGACAGAAAGUUCACACUCUGUACGCAUACUCUGUAAUUCAAUUUUAUUCAAUAGGAGUAAUUUUUCAGAGAACUUUUCAGCCGAGACUUGACAGUUCAGUUAAAUUUAUUGUGAGCUAUCCAUACAGAGUGCUGAGCUUUUGUCAGACUUUGGCUCCAGUUGCAUUAUUUUGAGCCAGCACCUGUAAACAUUCUUUGGAGAUCUGCAUCCAAUCAAGCGAGCAGGGUUUAGUUUCUAGCCCCUAAAAUGUUAAGACUUGGAAAGUCUUAUACAUUUCCUUUACACAAUGUUGUGUAACCCCUUACCCUACACACACAACACGGACCGGAUAAUAGUGACCAUUUAUUGGCUUUCAAUAAAAACAUAUUGAGAUGUAAAGAUCAUACUGGGAGAUCAUUUUACAAAAUUAUGUUGUUAGAUUUGAUAUUAACAAACAUACUAGCAUACAGAUUUUUUAAUCAAUCAACUACAUGUGUGAAUAGUUUUGCUAGAGUGAACAUCUGUUUUAGUAUUUUAUGUGUGAUAAUGCUUAAAAUUGCGAUUUUGUGAUAUUAAUUACUUGAAAAAUAUUCAUCUCAGUGUUGUGAUAUUGAGUUCCACCAUAUUAAUCACAUACAACACACAUAUGCAUCACGGGGUAAAGAUAAGUGACUUGUUGUUUUGAGAUGAUAUUAUGACUUGGCCCACUCCAAGCCUGCGUUUUUUCCAUGCAAAGAUUCUACCGUCUAUCAUCUUUGUGCUCAGACUUUAUAUCUGUUUUUCUUAUUGUUGUGACUGUAUCUGCUUUGUUAUUUUUAGUUCACAUGGUUUUCUACAGUCAUGUGCUAGAAGACUUGUCAUCCCUUUGUUUUCCAAUUUAUUUUAGAUUGAAUUGUGUUGCUGUCAUUCAAUCCAUCUUUACCUGGCUGACAUUGUUAAAAAAAAUGCGAGCAUCAACACUGUAUCCAAGACAGUAAGAAUCUAACUGGUGUGUGCCUUAGUUAUGUGAAUGUAUUUGUGUCUUGUACUACUGUAAAACCUCUUACACAGCAGGAAACAUACUGAAGAAGCUUCUUCAGUUUGGCGUUUCAUGAUUUAACUUUUUUUAAUAUUCCCUCCCUUUGUAAAAUGAAAUAAACAUCUGAUAUAUUU